GAGAGACAGAGAGAGAGAGAAAAAAAAAAACUAAAACUGGCUGUGAUUUGGGUUUUCCGGCAGCUGUGAGAUGUGCUUUAAAACCGAGUGGGAGUGCACUAGUCAACAGCUGACCGGAGCCUGCCUCAUGCUCAAUGGAGUAUUGACGUAUCUCUACCUUGGUUCGCUAUUCCAAUUUGUGUACGUGCUCUGCAAGCUGGGCACCGACUAUGAGUUUGGCACCCUGUACGUGCUCUUGUCCUGGGUGGAGGGCAUAUGCAUAUUGCUGCUGCUCGUCGACUUGUGCUGGGUAUGCUGCAAAAUGGGCAACCUCCUGCUGGCGGCGAUCAUUCCUGCUUAUACGAUGGGCUUCUUCCUGCUGAUCGCCGGGAGCAUGAGUGUGGUGAAGUAUACCGAUGUCUAUGUGGUUGUGCGCAGUUUUUAUACAGACAAUUUGAUGACCUACGAGAGCAUCUACCAAUGCUGCGGCAUUGAUGGCCCCAAGAGCUAUGGCAAUGCCAAUACGACCUGGAAUGUGCCGCCCUCCUGCUAUCGCAACCAGGACGAGAAACCGGAGAAUCUCUAUCAGCGUGGCUGUCUCUAUGCGACCCAGGACCAUUGGUUCUGGUUUGUUUUCGCCAAUUGCUAUUGGUUUGCCUUUGUUCUGUUCACGGUCAAUCUCAUUACGCACUGGAAACUAAAUCGAUGUCUAAGGGCAAGAGCGAGGCGGCGUAUUCCAUAGGCCAUAUCACAAUAUAGAACAGAAUUUAACCAGAUUAUACAUUGU